GCCCACGCGCGCCCUCUGGCGGAAAGCGCGAGAAGCGAGGGCGAUUCCCCUUCAGAUUACAGUUUAGAAGAUGGCGGAAGGCGAGCUGAACGUUGACAGCCUCAUCUCUCGACUCCUGGAAGUGCGAGGAUGCCGUCCUGGCAAGAUCGUGCAGAUGACAGAGGCAGAGGUGCGGGGGCUCUGCGUCAAAUCCAGGGAGAUCUUCCUCAGCCAGCCCAUCCUGCUGGAGCUGGAGGCCCCGCUGAAGAUCUGCGGCGACAUCCACGGGCAGUACACUGACCUGCUGCGGCUCUUUGAGUACGGCGGCUUCCCACCGGAGGCCAACUACCUGUUCCUGGGUGACUACGUGGACAGAGGCAAGCAGUCGCUGGAGACCAUCUGCCUGCUGCUGGCCUACAAGAUCAAGUACCCGGAGAACUUCUUCCUGCUGCGGGGGAACCACGAGUGCGCCUCCAUCAACCGCAUCUACGGCUUCUAUGACGAGUGCAAACGGAGGUUCAACAUCAAGCUGUGGAAGACGUUCACCGACUGCUUCAACUGCCUGCCCAUCGCCGCCAUCAUCGACGAGAAGAUCUUCUGUUGCCACGGAGGUCUUUCUCCUGACCUGCAGUCCAUGGAGCAGAUCCGCAGGAUUAUGCGGCCCACCGAUGUCCCCGACACAGGGCUGCUCUGUGACCUGCUGUGGUCGGACCCCGACAAGGACGUGCAGGGCUGGGGCGAGAACGACCGUGGCGUCUCCUUCACCUUCGGGGCCGACGUGGUCAGCAAGUUCCUGAACCGACACGACCUAGAUCUCAUCUGCCGGGCGCACCAGGUGGUGGAGGACGGUUAUGAAUUCUUCGCCAAGCGGCAGCUGGUGACUCUCUUCUCCGCCCCCAACUACUGCGGCGAGUUCGACAAUGCCGGCGGCAUGAUGAGCGUAGAUGAGUCCCUCAUGUGCUCCUUCCAGAUCUUGAAGCCAUCAGAGAAGAAGGCCAAGUACCAGUACGGGGGGGUGAAUUCAGGGCGCCCUGUCACCCCACCCCGCACUACCCAAGCCCCCAAGAAAAGGUGAGCGGCUGGCAUCAGCCCCAGCUGCCUCCUCUUCUCCGAUGCUCCCUAUGCCCCACCCUUGCAACACCCCAGUAAUUCUUCCCUCUGCCUGCAGGGGGAGUCCAGCACCCCCCCCCCCAGACACCCACUUUCUUAUAUACAUGUACAUAAAUUUUGCCAUGAGCAGUCGGCAUCUCAUUCAGCUCGUUGGAUGGUAUUUUUAAUAUUAAUAUUGUUUGUUGUUGUUGUUUUCUGCUACUGCCAUGAGAUGUUGCUCAGCUCAUGCGAUGACAUGAAGCCCGAUUAAAACCAGCUGCAGAUCUGUAAAGCAUCCCUUCUUUCAAACAAGAACAAUUAGCAACAGAAGACUGAUGUCGAAGUGACAUUGAAACCCCGAAUUAGUUUGACUUCGUCCGGCCCGGUCGGCGGGCCAGGCGGGAAGCCUCCUGACACUGAGCAGGCCGGUCCCAGGGUGGCAGAAUCGGCACGAGCGCAUUUCUGGCAGUCUGACGAGUUCUGUGACUCACGUAGGGCGGUUGUGGGUUCGGCCGAAAGGCCUGCCAGCGGAUAGAGGCGCUCGCCCGCGAUGGGACCUGUCGAGCCAGAUCAGGCUGCUCAGACCCACCCAGCUGCACUAGAGGUUAGAGGUUUUCGCACAUCAUCCCCCACCUUGACCGCCGCCCACAUUUUAAUGCCACAGAGGCUCAGCAGAAGGCCGCAUUUCGGCAGAGCGACGUCGCGAGUCAGAAAGCCCGGCGCUCCCUUCACGCUGGUGAGGUGACGUUACGGUGCGCGAGAACACGCGGGAACCGCCUCACAGUUACAGAACCGCAAACGGCCCGAAUGUACAUGUACGGCAUACCCAUUGCUGAUUCAGGCUCAGCUGCCGCGAAGGAGAGCCGUCCGAUUAGCUUCAGUCGCUGUGGACUAAAGCUGCGAGGUGACACACCCGCGGGUCGUCUGUGUGAUGUCAGUGCCCAUGUGAACUUUGGAUUCUGAUAGCGCUCCUAUAAGUGAAUUCUUAUUAAUGGUUGACAACACUGUAGACCUUCACGCCUCCGUCCGCAGCAACGAGGCAGCGAGUUUGGCGGCAAAGCAGGACGCAGGUUGACACCUUGCAGGUCCUUGGAGGUUUGGUGACACUUCCUUGCUCUUUCUCGUUGCGGUCCACCUCUGUAGCUCCUCCUAGCUGAAUCCAGUCCAGCCACAUAUUCGUUUCACCGUAACCAGACGCUCUUAAAAGUGUGGCUGCCUUAAUUUGAAAAGUAACCUGCUCUCCGAUUUAAUAUUCCCACUGUGAACUGUAGGAAAUCACACCUUUGCACACGCCACGAGUAAAUUAAGAACGUUGCCUUGUUAUACCACCCUCUCCUUUUGUAAUCUUUCUAAUUUCUGUCGUUUGACUGUUUUGGUUUUCUUUAUAAUUUAUUUACUCAUACUGGGAAACAAAAGUGUUACUAAAAGCAGUUUAGAGAUUUGUAUAAGUUAGUUUCAGACUCUUUGAAAUUCAAUAAAUGGAACGAACUGCAAUUAA